UUUCUGAAAUUAAUACUAAAUAAAACUGAAUAAUUGAACCUAUUACUUGAAAUAAAAAUGUAUAUAUUUAUCGUUUUAAAAACUGAGUAUAUUUUUAUUUCUACUAUUAUUAUUAUUAAAGGCGCAGGUUUUUUUUAGAACCCCUCAGGUGACGCACGCACGCGCCUCACGCCACACUCACCUCGUGCACGCUGAAAACAAUCUCCUGCAGGUUUUCGUCCGAAUCAUGAAGACGCUGAAACAGAUUUCACAAUAGAAAUACACAUUAGAACACGUAGAUUAGGCACGUAAAUAUGUAAAUACACGAUACUUUUUAUACGGGGAAUGCUUCGGGUAAAUGCACGUUAAAAUCUCACAGAAUGUUUACUUGUGCGUGAACGGAACUUACGCUUGGUCGAUAAAAUCUGAGCGUUUUUGGACUCCAGCGUUGAAAAGAAGGGAAGAGUGCAUGUGUAGCGUGUUUCACCCCAAACACACUGACUGAGCAGGAGAGGGUCAACUUUAACCCCCGCUACACGAGAGGCAUGGCGGUCCUGUGACAGUUUGUGAUUACAGUUGAAAAUCCGGAGGUGUCGCUUCAGAGGUCAAACUGCGGGGCGCACGGAGCGGCGUCCUGGUGUGAUCUACUUAUUGAUCCCGACCUGCUUUUGAUUGAUCCUCAUCCCCGUAUCAGUGUAUUGAGAAAUGCAGUUAGAAAGCAUCCUCCCUGGCGCAUCUGUAAACUUACCCAAGACCUUCUAUAACCUGUCAUCGUCCUCAGAGAGCACCAACAACAGCCCGGGGUCAACGCAGAUCGAUUUUCAGGACAUGGACCGGACAGAUUCCGAGCAGAGCUCCGGUGCCAAGAAGUUCUUGAGUGGCGGGAACGCGCUGAUUGAUGAGGCGGACAGCGAGAGCUUCACUGGGACUAAAGCAGCGGCAGCCGCCGCACCGGACGCCCGGAAAAGUUCUCCAGUGAUCGGUGGAGAUGAUGAGCUGUCCAGCGCCCGCCGCUACAACAUCGACGAACUGGGCACUGAUCGCUAUUUCAUAUCCUCUUCCCAACCGAGCUCCGACGUGACCAACCCGUGCUCUCUCUUCCCGUAUGGGGGCCAGACCGGGUCGGUGUACAGUGGCUCGAACGGGUCCAGGUAUUCGUCGUCUCUGCAUUACGGCUCGGUUCUUCCACCCGCAGGGUUCUCAUCCGCCGUGUGCGCCAGUCGGAGUCAGUUUGGAAGCGGCUAUCAGUUCGGACAGGGUCCCGGGUGCCUCUACCCGUCCUAUCCUGGACCGGGCUCCAGUUUGAGCUCGAUGCCUAUCCCGGGUUCGGGCUCCGCGGCCAGGGCGCAGGUUUACCUGUGUAACAGACCUCUGUGGCUCAAAUUCCACCGCCAUCAGACUGAGAUGAUCAUCACCAAACAGGGCAGGCGAAUGUUCCCCUUUCUAAGUUUUAACAUCACUGGACUGAACCUGACGGCGCAUUAUAAUGUGUUUGUGGAGAUUGUUCUGGCGGAUCCCAACCACUGGAGAUUUCAGGGCGGAAAAUGGGUCACCUGCGGGAAAGCGGACAACAACAUGCAAGGAAACAAGGUUUAUGUUCACCCAGAAUCACCAAACACAGGAGCACACUGGAUGAGACAAGAAAUAUCAUUUGGGAAACUGAAGCUAACCAACAACAAGGGUGCAAAUAACAACAAUACUCAGAUGAUCGUCCUGCAGUCCCUGCAUAAAUACCAGCCGCGGCUGCACAUCGUGGAGGUGACAGAGGAUGGUGUGGAGGACAUGAGCAGUGAAGCUAAAACACAAACCUUCACUUUCCCUGAAAACCAGUUCAUAGCUGUAACGGCUUACCAGAACACAGACAUCACACAGCUCAAGAUCGACCACAACCCCUUCGCGAAAGGCUUCAGAGACAAUUAUGAUUCGAUGUACACGGCUCCAGAGAGCGACAGACUGACGCCCUCUCCUACUGAUUCUCCGCGGUCGCACCAGAUUGUCCCUGGCGCCCGCUAUGCGAUGCAGCCCUUCUUCCAAGACCAGUUUGUAAACAACCUGCCACAAAACCACCGCUUCUACGGCAGCGAGCGCGCCGUGCCUCAGACCAACGGCCUGCUUUCUCCUCAGAGCGAAGACUCGGCCGCCGGCUCGGCUUCGGCUCAGCGCUGGUUCGUGGGGCCCGUCCAGCAGAGCAGCGCGUCCUCCAAACUGGACCUGUCCUACGACAGCGAGUACUCUGCCUCCAGCCUGCUGCCCUACGGCAUCAAACCCCUGCCGCUGCAGAGCCCGCACGCACUGGGCUACUACCCCGACUCGGCCUUCGCCUCCAUGGCGGCCGGCUGGAGCAGCAGGAGUUCAUACCAGAGGAAGAUGACCACCGGCCUGCCCUGGUCGCCUCGGCCGAGCCCUCCGGCCUACACCGACGACCUGCUGUCCUCUAAAGACAAGCUGCAGGACGAGAGCUCCGCGGCGGCCCCGACGACCGGCAGCACCGGCCCCUGGAUGGAGGCCCCGCCGGUGCUGAAGGCCGUGGACUGGGACGCCAGCGUGUACUCCAUGGCGUGUAAGAGGAGGCGUGUUUCACCCGGAGGCUCCAGUACAGACGCUUCGCCCACUAUAAAGUGUGAGGACUUGAGCUCUGAGGAGUACAACAAAGAGAGCCAUAAAGCCAUGGGUUAUUACGCCUUCUACACGAGCCCUUAAGAACUGCUUUUCAGAUCAUUUAUCAAUUCUCUCUCUCUCUCUUUCUCUCUCUCUUAUUUUGUUUGAAGUGAUCUGUGUUUUUAAUCUUUUAAUCUGCAAGUGCCAAAGCUUUCGUGCCCCUCCAGUUGUGCUUGUUCAUUUUUAUUUUGGCUCAUUUGUGAAAUAUGCUUCAUUUCUUUGGGGUUUUUACUUUGUAUUCUUUUUAAAGCAUGCCCUUAAUUCUUUUUAAUCUUAUUUUUCUAUGAAGCCCAGCAAUGUGGUUUUUCCUUUUAUUUAAGAUCCCUUUGUUGUACAGUAUUUGUGCACUUUAGAUUGUGAUGUAUCCUGUACAAAUGUUCUCAUGGCACUCUUAUGAAAGGUCAAAUAAAAUGUGCUUUUCAUA